AUGAUUCGCUCCGACGGCGGCAACAUCCAAAUCAUCAACCCCACGUUCAUCAUCAACGGCGGAGAAAUGAGUGAAGAUGACGAAUGGGACGUCUUCGAUGAUCCGUAUCAUCCUUACUCGUACCACGACACCCAUGAUCCCCACUCGUACUACCAGGUGCAGCCAUCGUCGUGGCAAACGCUGCCCCGGUACAACUCCUGGAGCUCGGCUUCCCCGCGGUACACCUAUCCUUCGAUCAUGCCAGCCUCCGCGGUGGCGACCCACGCUCUGACAUAUCCUCCUGGCAGCUACACGCGCAACUACACUCGCGACUACCCACCCAACCACGUGCGCGAGUACACGCCGAAUUAUAACUACAACUACGCACCGAGCUACCGACCCGUCUCUGUUCUGGAGGACCCACACCGGCCCACCCCCACUGUUCCCCCAGCUCAACCUCGUUACACUUACACUUUCACGCUGGACCGCGAUCUCAGCCUGAGCGACAAGCGCCGCAUCCGCCGCUGGGCCGAGGAGCUCGGGAGCCACUACGACGUCCAUGUCCUCCGCCGCGACUGGUCUUACAAUCAGAACAACUGCGUCAUCGGGUUCUGGUUCAAGACUGUUAUGGCUGUUGGGCACCGCGUUCUGCAGCGAAUGCAAGACCGACUUAUUGAGGGGCUUGGUGCCCGAGUGCGGGUCUACGAGGAGGAACCCUACCGCCGAGUUCGCUACUGGGAAUCCCAGGGCUUCUGA